AUGAAUUACCCAAACGAUACAUCACAUAUAAGAAAAUGGUUUUUCAAAAGCAGAAAAGAAAUAGAUGAUAUAUGCUUAAAAAAAUAUAAUGACUUUAAAGAAAAAUUUAAAGAUAGUAAUGUGAGCAUACCGAAAUAUGCUGAUAUAGAGAAAACCAAGCUAUAUUUUUGUUAUCAGCUAACUCACUUUUCUGAAAUAAAAGGACUGAAACCGCAAAUAGUGGAAUGUGCUACUGUGUUGUAUAACAGGUUUUAUUUGAAGGAAAUUAUUUUAGAAUAUGAUCCACGUAUCUUAAUAUUUACCUGUAUCAUAUUAGCAAUAAAAUUGGAAGGGUAUGGUAGAUUAUAUAGAAUGAAUGAAUUCUUUAACGAUAUUGACAUAAAUUUAGAUAAAGUAUUAGAACAUGAAGAUGUCGUUUGCUCAUCAUUAAACUUUGAAUUAAAUUUUUUGUAUACGAAAGAAUGUUUAUAUUAUUUAAAAAUUAAGUUUUUAAAUUAUAUUAAUAAAUAUAUAAAUAAAGAUAAUGAAAUAAAAAAUUCCUUCGAAAAUAUAUGUGAUAAAAUUUACAUGACCACGUCAGAUGAAUGCUUAAAAAUUAUUGAAAACUUUUUCAUCACCUUUACAUAUACGCCUGCACAAAUAGCAUUAUAUUGCUUUAUAAAUAAUAUUAAAAUAAAUUUUAAUAUAGUUAAUGCGGAUAAAUUUAUUUUAGAGUUUAUUACAAACAAUAAUCAAAUUCUUUUUCAAAAAUUAAAGAACAAAAUUGAUGAACUGCAUAUCGAAUAUAAAGAACAUCUUGAUUUCAGAAAUACAUUUGACGAUGAAAAUACAACUAGACAGAUAGGUGAGACCUUAGAUAUGUGUAUUGAUAUUUAUAAAAUUUUAAAGAAAAAAAAAAGUUACAAAAAAUCUAAGAAAAAGAAGUUAAAUAGCGAAGAUUAUACGCAAAGCGAAUCUAGCAAAAAGAUUGACGUAAAAUAG